GGUAUAUAUAUACACCAUCAUAUUUAUAUAUUUACAUAUCAUACAUAGUUCGAUAUGAAAUUGAGUAUUCGACAGCACCUAUGCGAAUAUGGAUUUAGAGCUUAAAGGAAAAGAAGUUGUUUAGUAUGGUGAGAAUACAGAGCCCCCAUGCAGAUCCGUUGAGGUACAGAGAGUAUCAAAGAUUGGACAAGUAUUCAAAGCCGUUUGAUCCAUCAUCAAAAUCGAGAAUAUUAAAAUCAAAACCUACGUUUGAUUGUUACAGCAAUCAGACAGGCCCGGAUAUAAAACUUAACAAUUUGGGUCCGGAGUAUAAAGGAACAAAAUACCAGUAUAGAGAAUAUAAGCCUAAAACAAUGACUUCCUAUAAGUCACGCCCAAUUUCACCGAAAGACCCUUUGAAGUCGAAGCCAGUGUAUAUUGAUAAGCCAGUGGGCAUGUAUAAAAGAGACGUUAACUAUAAACUAAACAAAGAUAAUUUUGCCGGUUUGAGGCAUUGGAAUUAUGGAUUUGUAGAAGACACAGUUGCUGCUAAGGGCUCCACUACAAGAUCCAAAAAUAAAUACUCUGUACAAGAAAAACCUAAACCCGUGAAAACGCGACCAGAGCAGAGACCGGUGGUUCCUGCCGUUGUCCCGGUUAAGAGAACACCGCCUCCGCCGUCGCCACCGUUAAAAAAGUCUUACAAAACCUCGUCCACGCAACACAUCGGUCCGGGGUUGAAAACCACUACAACGCAAACACAGGUUUCGAAAACAAAAUCAGUGGGAACACAGUACGAACCAGCGAAAAUGAAAACGGUAUCUGUGCAGGCAGAAUCAUCAACUUCACCUUUACCAGUCGUGGCCCCGCUUCCCAUUACACAGUCAGUUAAAAAGGUCCCGACGAAAUCAAAGGGUGUGCAAUGCUCAGAGUCGCCGAAGAAGACGGAAGUGUACAGACGACAUUCGCCAUCCCCGGAAGUAGUUCCUAUCAUUGCAACAGUUCCUGUAAGACGAUCACCUACAAAACAAAGAAUACCAACACCAAAACGAGUGACGCCUGAGAAAACUUAUCAGCCACCAAUAGAAACCAGAUGGACACCCUCACCAGAAGUUGUUGAAAGAGCGCCAGUGUACGCUUCUACCAAAACAUCAAAAGUGUUUAUUUCUCCAAAUGAGCCUAAACCGGAAGUGGCGUCAUACCCAGAUUAUUCUGCAGCGUCACAAAAUUCUUAUAAAUCUGGACGCGACAUGUUCCCUUACCAAACUGCACAAUCUCGUCUGCCUCCGGAGAUCACUGCGUGCAUCGAAGCUUACGAUAUAGCACAUGGGCCAGUGUAGAGCUCGAAUGAGAUCUUAUUCAUUCUGUGUAAAGCGUUUAUUCUAAAGAAGAUUUGACUUUCACGGCGCAUCAACACAGUUCAAGUUACAGAGCGACAAACAAGACUGAAUAUUUUGGUUUCUCAUCAAAAUUGCAUCGGAAUAAAAUAUCUCGAGGCAUGGAAUUCAGUAGUUUCAAAUCGUAUGCCUACUGGAAUCACAGAUAUACUGUAAACCAAGUGUCCAGGCUCUGGUAGUGGUGGUUCAAACACUCGUAAUCCCAGAAACUCACUGAACUGAAACAGAACUGGUUACAGGCUUCUUUGCAAAGCAGACCCACUUCCAUUACUUCCAUCAUAUAUGCUGAAGACCAAGUCUAGUUAAAACAUACAGGCAAUGAUUAAAUGGAUCCGCGCAUUUCAAAGUACGGAAUAGUCUCCUGAAACGUACAUCGCGCUGUUUGUCAACUGAAAGGAAAGUGCAACAAAAUGGAAUGUGAAAAAAAGAACUACAACAAUUAUAUUAAGAAAACCAUUCAAAACACAAUCUUUGCAAUUAUUUUAGAAUUCAACUGGAUCAUAUAUGUCACAAAAACAUAUGUAAUUUUCAUUAGACAAUUUAGAGAAAAUAUUGUUCUGUCAAAAAUCCAUAAAAAUGUAAUUUCUGUUCUACAAACUUAUCGGUAUAUGAAUUGUGCAAUGUAUCCUGAUAAAUAACCAAAUAUAUUUAAUUUACAGAAACGAGUAAUCCAUUGCAACGCUUCUGAAAGAAUGGAGAUAAUAAACUAAAAAUAUUCUGCCUUUUUAGUUUUUACCAGUAUCUAACACUUUUUUUCAAUCAAUUUAUCAUUUUUCAAUCAUAUUGAACUUUCAAUUUUUCCAAAAAUCGGUAUUAUCGAUUUUUUGACGCAUUAAAUAAAGAAGGAUAAUUUCGAUUUAUUCGCUAUAUCUUUUAAAUGGUUUAAAAUAACGAAUUUGCUUCGGUGACAUUCGUUGAUUUAAUCUUUCAUCUAAAUGAUGAUAUAAUUUUAAAUGUUUUAAGUUUACGCUUUCGCUUACCCUUUGGACUUUUAAACGUACUAACCUUGUUUUUCCAUUGACGUCAAUUGUAAAUGUCUAUUUUUUUGCUAGAAUUUAGGGUAAGUUUUGUUUAUAUAUUAUACAAAGUACGAAAA